AUCAAUUUCUCCCAGCGAAAUUCUCGCGUAAUAACAACCUUUUUCUCGUGCUUGUACCUGUUUCCUCAUGGAUUGAAUUGUACCCUUGUCUGCGAUCAUUCUCGCUCUAAAACCACGGGCGCUUGUUUCUCUCUCUAGGGUUUUUGGCGGAGUUGUAGUGCGAUUCGAUUUUGUGCGCUGAUUUGUAGGGUUUUAGUCGGGUGGUUCGCGGCCUGCUCCUUUCGAUUUUGGUCUGCUUUUAUUGUCGAGAAAUACAAUCUCCAGUGCUGCAUUCAGAAAUGAUUCUGAUUGGAACUUGAAUGAUUGCCAGCAUGGACUUAAAUGCCUCCCCUGAACCAGAAGACGAUGAGGUUUUUCCUGCACCACAGUCAGAAGAAGACGAGAUUUUUCCUGCACCACAGUCAGAAGAAGAUAGUGCGCAGGAAGAACAUAUUGAAUACAAUGAACAUGUUGACCAAGAGCAGAGUGGUGCUUCAGUUGCACGCCGGGAACGUGAGGAAAGGACCCUAAGGAUGCGCAGACAGAAUCCCAAUGACAGACCAUCUUAUGGAUAUCAGUCAAGUCAGCUUGCUGAUGGCUAUCAAGCUAAAAGGCAGAAACCUAAUAGUAGACUUCCUCCAGGUUGGUUAGACUGCCCUGCAUAUGGACACGAGAUAUUAGGGUUUCUGAUCCCUUCAAAAGUUCCUCUAGGUGAAGCAUUCAAUGAAGAAAUUCCACCUGGUAAAAGAUACUCAUUUAAGCAGGUGGUCCAUCAACAAAGAGUUUUAAAUCGAAAGAUAGGUUUGGUGAUUGAUUUGACCAAUUCAGAUAGAUACUAUGAUCGCAAGAACUGGACUGACGAAGGUAUCAAGCAUGUCAAGAUUCGAUGCAAGGGGCGUGAUUCAGUGCCUGAGAGUGAGGAUGUAAAUCAGUUUGUUUAUGAGGUUCAACAAUUUCUGGCUCGGCAAAGGCAACCGAAAAAGCAUAUUCUUGUUCACUGCACACAUGGGCAUAAUCGUACAGGAUAUAUGAUCGCCCACUAUCUCAUGCGUACAAUGCCUAUAUCCGCUAGUCAGGCAAUCAAGACAUUUUCUGAAGCGCGUCCACCAGGAAUUUACAAACCAGACUACAUUGAUGCCUUGUAUAAUUUUUAUCAUGAGAAGAAACCAGAGAUGGUUGUUUGCCCUCCAACCCCAGAGUGGAAAAGAUCUUCUGAGCUGGAUCUGAAUGGUGACGCAAUGCCAGAUGAUGAUGAUGAUGGUGUUGAUGGUCCUACAGCUCCUCCAGAUGAGACUAAUGAGACACGGACACUGACAAAUGAUGAUGUUCUGGGAGAUAAAAUUCCUAUAGACCAAGAAGUAGUGAUGAGGCAGUUCGUCUACCAGUCCCUGAAGAUGCCUGGAUGGGGUAGAGGAGCUUCACGAUUUCCUGGUUCACAUCCAGUUUCUCUCGACAGGGAGAACUUACAACGGUUAAGGCAACGUUACUAUUACGCAACAUGGAAAGCUGAUGGUACAAGAUAUAUGAUGCUUAUCACUAUGGAUGGCUGUUAUUUGAUAGAUAGGAAUUUUAGCUUUCGCAGAGUCCAAAUGCGAUUCCCUUGCAGGCACACUAAUGAAAAGGGAGGGGCCGAGAAAAUGUACCAUCAUUUUACUUUACUUGAUGGGGAGAUGGUAAUUGAUACGAUGCCUGAUACACAUAAGCAAGAAAGAAGAUACCUUGUCUAUGAUAUGAUGGUUUGUAAUCAGGAAUGCAUUGUAGAGCUGCCAUUUUAUGAACGCUGGAAAAUGGUCGAGAAGGAAAUCAUUGAGCCUCGAAAUUUUGAGAGGCAACACAUAUAUAAAAGCCAAAACCCCUACUAUAGAUAUGAAUUGGAGCCUUUCAGGGUAAGGAGGAAAGAUUUUUGGCUUCUUUCUACUGUGACAAAACUGUUGAAGGGGUUUAUCCCGAAUCUCUCUCACGAAGCAGAUGGUCUUAUUUUCCAGGGCUGGGAUGAUCCUUAUGUUACACUGACGCACAAUGGUCUCUUAAAGUGGAAGUAUCCCGAAAUGAAUUCAGUGGACUUUCUCUUUGAGAUUGUUGAAAGUCGCCAGCUGCUCUAUCUCUAUGAGCAUGGGAAGAAGAAAUUGAUGGACAAUAGGGUUGUCUUUCCUGAUGAUCCUGAUGCAUCAGUAUAUAAUGGUAAAAUUAUUGAGUGUAAGUGGAACUCCGAGGAAAAAGUGUGGGUUUGUAUGAGGGUCAGGGUGGACAAAGGGACACCGAAUGAUUUCAGAACGUACACUAAGGUCAUGAAAAGUAUCACGGACAACAUCACUGAAGAUGUAUUGUUGAACGAGAUCAAAGAGAUCAUCCGCCUUCCGAUGUACUCUGAUAGGAUACAGAGUGAAAGCCAAGGGCACAAUGCAUCACGCCGUAGGUGAACAAGUUGUUUGAUAAAAGAAGUGCAACUUCUGGAGAAAAACUACUUUUCAACGGCUCCUAAUACGAAAUGGAACCUCGGGAAGAUUCUGCAAGUGAGGAUUGUUGGAUAUAAACCGAUCUUUGGGUGCGCCAUUUCAUGGUUAUGUCAAAAAUCAUCUCCUGUUUUCUUUUAUUUUCUUGACAGUCUUUUUAGGUGAUAGGAAUAGUUGUAGGAAGAUGGUCGUUUUGUAUAUUAUUGUUUUCAGCUGCAGUUGCCUUGAAUAGUAGUUGGUAAAUUUGUUCAAAAGAAGUGUAGAUUUUAGGUUAAAAAAAUUUAAUUCUAAAUCAAUCUGUUAUUGUGAA